CCACUGUCUCUCCGCGUGAAUUUCCAGAUCGGUAACCAUUGUUUACCUGCUCGCGCGUUUUAUCAUUUCCUUCUUCGAAGGAAUAACAAGUUACCGUACAGCCGUCCAAGUGCCGUUGGAUCGAGAAAAGAACCUACGAUUAACAUGCGUAUCACGGGAAUACUUUCUAAUCAACUCUAUAAAAUAUACGUUCAUAAAAUCCCUUAUCGGUUUAGAGGGAAACACCGUAAAGAGAAGGAACCAUCCUACUACGAUAUGAUGUGCUUUAAGCGGGAUCUCGAUAGAGAAGAACGUAAUAUGCUAUUGUUAAGGCAUCCUUAUCUCACUAUCGAACAAUCCCAUGGUCACAUGAAAGAAUUUAAACGAGCGAGAUUCGAAAAAGUGCUAAAGGAUCAACAAGAAGAAAAGAAUUCAAGAUUCAACAGACGAAUUACUACCAAGGAUCGGUUAAAUUAUUAUGUGCAGAACGAAGCUUGGGACUAAUGUAUAUUUUAUUCAUAUUUAAUAGAUAAUAUCUAGUUUGUUUCAUUGUAAUUAAAUGUAUCUCAUCCGUGUCGAAUUUGAAAUAUCAACAAUCGUAUAUUACUCUUCGGGUUACACAACAUAUUUUAAUAUUCUCUGGUCAUAAAGUUGAUGAAUUUGAGGAAAAUUAUUUAAAAAAUCAUCAUUUUAUUUCACGAUAACAAAUCAAAGUAUAUAAUACUGAAAAUACAUUUCAAAAUGCAAUAUCAAAGAAUGUCCAAAGACUAGAACUAGUCUAUUAACGACAUAA